UGUGAGCAUUAUAGUCUUCAUCCUUUGCUGCAGACAUUCUGUAGAGAGGAGCAAGAUCGUAUGGGAUGUGCUGAAGAAGGAACGCAAGCCAGACGAGCUUUCACCCUUCACUACUUGAAGAAGCUUGAAAACAUCUGUAGAAAGUUUGUCAGCAAAGACUUCCAACUUGCCUUAAAGGAUUUUGAACAUGACGGAAUGAAUAUCCAACAAGCUCUGGAGAAUUCAAUCAAGUUCCAAUGCAAAGACAUCGAAGAAAGUUGCAUUAAUGCAUGCAACAACAGUGUAAAUUUUCUAGGCAAAAUCAUGCCACCAAGACAAUGCCUGGAGAUCUACCAUCGUCUGUAUGACAUGUCAAGUUCACAAAAAAACACUAGACAAAUGGCAGAGUGUUUGGCCUCUCUUGGGUUUGUGCAUUUAUGUGACGGAAAUCAUCGAACAUUCUCCAAAGAGGCAAUGGAGUCUUUUGAAGAAGCGUACAAACUUUUUAAGAUUGUGAGCAAGAGUAAGAGAAAGAGCGAGGCAUUUGCACAUUGCCUGAGUAAAUUAGGACUGUGCUACAUAGCCAAGGGCAUUGAGGAGAAUGAACAAAAGAAGGGUCAGCAAAAGAAGGAUCCACCAAAGAGAGAUCGACCAAAGGGGUUCCAACAAAUGGGCGAUCGACAAAAGGGGAAAAAGUUGAUGCAAGAUGCCAUCGACUUGCGUAAAGAACUUGGUGAUCAAGUGUAUCUGGCAGCCAGCCACUGCGACAGAGCUAUUGCUGCUCGUUUGAUUGGAGAGCAUUCCCAGGCCAUCACAAUUCUCAAAGAGGAAUGCUAUCCUAUAUACAAAGACAACUUAGGGGACCACCCCUGGGUAGCUACUGUCCUUAACUAUAUCUCCGAUUCUUACAAAGUCCUUGGAAAACUUGAAGAUGCAAAGGAGAACACCAAGAAAUCACUGGAUAUACGCAAGAGAACGCUUGGUGAUCAUCAAGACACUGCAAGAUCCUAUGUUCAUCUUGCUGAACUUCUUCGAUUACAAGGUCAAGACUAUCUUUCUGGUGCUUUGGAAAACUAUCAAAAAGCUCUCUCAAUACAAGAAAAAGUGCUGGGAGUUGACAAAGAGACUGCUGCAUCUUGCAAAGCCAUUGCAGAAAUUUUGGAAGAAUUUGAGCCAGAGAAUGUGCCUGAGAUGAAGAAACGAGCAGACUCCUUCACGGAGGCUAUCAAAAAGCGAGCAACUGUGCAAAGACAAAUUUCUCACCAACAAAAUGAGACAGCCAACUCACACUUACAGAAAGAAAAGUUAAAGUGGAAAUUGGAGAUCAUAGUAGUUGUGUUCACAAUUUUAGUCAGUUUGCUUCUUUGUCUUAGAUGUAGUUUUUAAAUUAAUGGAAAUUUUGAUAGGCCAGACAUAGUCUAUUAACUAUGGGCCAGACAAUUCACUUUGACCAUACUCAAUUAAUGCAUUGAUGCAAUAACAUAAUCAAAAUUCAUGUUUUUUAGAAUAGCAAUGGGAACAAAAGAAUAUAAAUAAUUUUAAUUAUAGAAUUACCAUCAGUCGAAAACACACCAGGACAGUUUUCUUAUCAAUUCGAUUUUUAUCAUCCUUUCUAUGUAUAUCUAUUGCUCGUUUUCAACCAUUCCCAGGAGAUUCAAAAGAUAAAAGACCGGCGGCCAGGUUGGAGGAAUGAACAAUAGAUACUAAUGAGAAAUCCUUUGUUGAAGUUCAUCCAAGAUGGCCGCUGUGACGUAUAGUGAAAACGAAGAAUAUAUUUAAAAUAUUUUCGAUUCACUACUUUAUCUGCAUUUUAAUUUAGCCAAAGCACAAGUUGUAUGCACUGUCAAAGAAAAUAAAAACAACUUAAAGAUUCUA